CCAUGGGGCAGGCAGAUUAGGAGGCGGGGGCAUGAGUCAGGGGUUUGGGAGCUGCCCCCAGGGCGCGGGAGCAAGGACCUAGUGCUGUUAGAGCGGGUGUGCGCUCAGCUGGUCACAGAGGCCACCGGUGGCUGCAGGAGUUUGCCGAGGACUCCAAGGCUUGUGAGCAGGGACCCGCAGUGCGGGUUAUGCUGGGGGCUCAGACCACUGCAGACAACUGAGCAAUCAGGACAGUGCCAUGGGGGAUUUGCGGGAAUCAGACCUGGAGGAGGUUCUAGAGGUGUAUGACUAUGAAGACCCAGAUGUCUCUGUGCCCCAUGUGGAGGAGCCAGAAGCUCUGCGCACCGAACCAACAGACACAGACUAUCACAGCACAAGAAAGGGAGACACCCACAAGGUGUAUGUGGAGCUGCGGGAACUGGUGAUGGAUGAAAAGAACCAGGAGCUGCAAUGGAUGGAGGCAGCGCGCUGGCUGCACAUGGAGGAGAACCGGGGGAAGGAUGGAACCUGGGGCCGCCCACACGUGUCUUACCUCACCUUCUGGAGCCUCUUGGAGCUGCAGAAAGCCUUCGCCAAGGGUACUGUCCUCCUGGACCUGCCAGAGAAAUCCCUGGCUGGGGUGGUCAGCCAGCUGCUGGACAGGUUUAUCUUCGACGGGCAGAUCCAGCGUCAGGACCGAGAGACCCUGCUUCGGGCCUUGCUCCUUAAACACAGCCACGCCAGAGACACCGAUGCCCUGGGGGGCAUGAAGCCCACGGUCCUGACACGUUCUGGGAAAGCUUCACAGCCUCUGCUCCCACAACGUCCCCAGAUGGAGGAAAAACUCUUCUGUGAACAGAGAAAGAUUCCCCAGGAUUCGGAGGGCGCCCUGGUGCUAGUGGGCCGCGUAGACUUCCUGGAGCGGCCUGUGCUGGGCUUCGUGAGGCUCAAGGACCCUAUGCAGCUGGAGCCAAAGCAGGAGAAGCUGGGCCAGCCGGCAGUGCCCGUGCGCUUCCUCUUCGUGUUGCUGGGACCUGAGGCCCCCAACAUGGACUACACCCAGCUGGGUCGGGCCGCUGCCACCCUCAUGUCGGAGAGGGUGUUCCGAAUUGAUGCAUACUUAGCCCAGAGCAAGGAGACGCUGGUACACUCCCUGGAGGGCUUCCUAGACUGUAGUCUGGUGCUGCCUCCAUCGGAUGCUCCCUCCGAGAAGGCCCUGCGCAGUCUGCUGCCUGUGCAGAUGGAACUGCUGCGGAGACGCCUGUCCAGCUCUGCCAAGCCAGAACCCAUCCCGGAGGAACUCCCACGGAGACGGCCAUCCAGCCCUGCCAAGCCAGUACCCAUCCCGGAGGAACUCCCUCGGAGACGCCCAUCCAGCCCUGCCAAGCCAGUACCCAUCCCGGAGGAACUCCCGCGGAGACGGCCAUCCAGCCCUGUUAAGCCAGUACCCAUCCCGGAGGAACUCCCACGGAGACGCCCAUCCAGCCCUGUUAAGCCAGAACCCAUCCCAAAGGCACCACCACCUAGACGCCCAUCCAGGCCUGUUGAGCCAGAACCCAUCCUCAAGAGACUAGAUUUACAUGAAGAUGAAGAUAUCUCAGGUGACCCUCUGCGGCGGACAGGCAGGCUCUUCGGAGGGUUGGUGCGUGACAUCCGUCGCCGCUAUCCCCGCUACUUGAGUGACAUCUCAGAUGCAUUGAGCCCCCAGGUCCUGGCUGCUGUCAUCUUCAUCUACUUUGCUGCCCUGUCACCCGCCAUCACCUUUGGUGGCCUCCUCGGAGAAAAGACCCAGAACCUGAUGGGGGUGUCGGAACUGCUCAUCUCCACCGCGGUGCAGGGCAUCUUGUUCUCCCUGCUGGGGGCUCAGCCCCUGCUUGUGGUGGGCUUCUCAGGACCCCUGCUCGUGUUUGAGGAAGCCUUCUUCUCGUUCUGCACCAGGAACAACCUGGAGUACAUUGUAGGCCGUGUGUGGAUUGGCUUCUGGCUCAUCCUGCUGGUGGUGCUGGUGGUGGCCUUCGAGGGCAGCUUCCUGGUCCGCUUCAUCUCCCGGUAUACACAGGAGAUCUUCUCCAUCCUCAUCUCCCUCAUCUUCAUCUAUGAGACCUUCGCAAAGCUGGUCCAGAUCUUCCAGGACCACCCACUGCAGAGGAAUUAUGACCAAAAUGUAGUAAUGAUACCCAAACCUCAGGCUCCCCUGCCCAACACAGCCCUCCUCUCUUUUGUGCUCAUGGCUGGCACCUUCUUCUUCGCCAUGGUGCUACGCAAGUUCAAGAACAGCGCCUACUUCCCUGGCAAGCUGCGACGGGUCAUCGGGGACUUUGGGGUUCCCAUCUCUAUCCUGAUCAUGGUCAUGGUGGAUGCCCUCAUCCAGGACACUUACACUCAGAAACUCAGCGUACCUAAAGGCCUUGCCUUAUCCAACUCCUCGGCCCGGGGCUGGUUCAUCAACCCGCUGGGUUUGCGAUCCGAAUUUCCCAUCUGGAUGAUGUUUGCUUCCUUGCUGCCUGCCAUGCUGGUCUUCAUCCUCAUCUUCCUAGAGUCCCAGAUCACCACGCUGAUCAUCAGCAAACCGGAGCGCAAGCUGGUCAAGGGUUCUGGUUUCCACCUGGAUCUGCUGCUGAUCAUGGGCAUGGGUGGGGUGGCCGCCCUCUUUGGGAUGCCCUGGCUCAGUGCCACCACUGUGCGUUCUGUCACCCACGCCAAUGCCCUCACUGUCAUGAGCAAGCCCAGAUCCCCAGGGGCUACAGCUCAGAUUCAGGAAGUCAAGGAACAGCGGAUAAGCGGGCUCCUGGUCGCUGUGCUAGUGGGCCUGUCUGUCCUCAUGUGGCCCAUCCUGUCCUACAUCCCCCUGGCUGUUCUGUUUGGCAUCUUCCUCUACAUGGGGGUCACAUCCCUCAGUGGCAUCCAGCUCUUCGACCGCGUCUUGCUUCUGUUCAAGCCGAGAAAGUACCACCCGGAUGUGCCCUAUGUCAAGCGGGUAAAAACCUUGCGCAUGCACUUGUUUACGGGCAUCCAGAUCCUCUGCCUGAUAGUGCUGUGGGUGGUAAAGUCCAUCGGGAUCAUCUCGCUGGCCCUGCCCUUCAUCCUCAUCCUCACGGUGCCCCUACGCCGCUUCCUGCUGCCGCUCAUCUUCCGGGAUGUGGAGCUCCAGUGUCGUAUGCACCAGCCCACACUCCACAGGCAGAGUAGAAGGUUCCUAUGUUCCCAUAUGACUGAUAUUAUCCAGCUGUCUGAUUUCUGCUAGUCUGACCAAGGUAUUAUUUCAUUGCUGUUUUAUUUGCAUUUGUCAGAUCACUAAAGAGUUUGAGCAUCUCUGCACCUGGUUAUUAGUGUUUAAGAUUUCCUCUUAUAUAAAUAAGCUUUUUAUAUCAUUUGGUCAUAUUUCUAUUGAUGCCCUUUUGGCUAUUGAUUUGCAAGAGAUCUUGAGAGAGCCUAUAUCCUUUGUUGGUUUUGGACCUUACAAAAGUAUUCUCCCAUUUUGUCAUCUCUCUCUUCAUUUUGUCCACUUCAUCGAACAGAAAUCUUUAAUUUUGAUGUAAUUAAAUUUACCCCAGAGGAAUAGUUUGGACUGGAUUCAGUGGGCACUAGGGAGUCAUUGCAGGUUCUAGAACUGAGGAUAACAUGAUUAAAGUGACUCACUUGGGAGCUGUAUACAGGAGGGACUGACUGCAAAGAGGCAGAUUAGGAAUCCUUCCAUGUAAGUGAGUCAACAACAGAGGCAGGUGGACAUAGGCCCAACCCUCAUAGGACUUCCAGUCAGCAUGGGAGCCAGGUGUUCAACAAGAGUGGUGAAGAUUCUGCAGGGAGAGGUGGGAACAGAGCAGGGCUGGGGUUUGGCAAGGAUUCCUGGGAACAGAGACAUUUUCUCUGACUCCUGAGGGGAAAGUAAGAGCUGGCCCAAUGAUGAGAGAGGGAGAAUGUCUUGAGAGAAUAGGAAUCUGGAAAAUGGAAAACAUCUGAGAAAUAACCUGAAGAUAAAGUGGGUGAAAUUUGCUCACAGAGUCAAGUAACACAGUGGAAAUCCUGCUGGGAUAGCAGGCCACAUGGUGAACUCAGAAAAUCGUUUCUUUCCCAGGCACCUGGGCCCAAAGCCAAAUGACAGGAGGUGAGGAAGGAAGGGCUGAUAAGGAAGCAGAGGCAGGAGGUAUAAGAAAUGGUCUGGGAGCUUGGCAGGAGUGGGACAGGCAGAGAGCACCCAGCUGACUUUUUUCCAAGAUGGACCAGAGAAUGAUUUGCAGAUUUGGGGGACACAUUCAUAGGCAUGUAAUCAUCUUUCUCUGUCCUUUAAAAUGAAUAUUUAUAUUUUCAAAGUUCAAAAAGAAUACAUAUAUAUUAUAAAACACUUAAGAUUACAGAACUAUUUAACAUAGAGAACCAAAGUCUCAAAUACCCUCCACCAGUAACCACUGUUAAUAAUUUAGGGUAUACUCCUGCAGAUUUAUUUAUGUGUGAACACUAAUUUACAUAUAUUUUUAAUAAGCAAAUACAAUUUUGUUAACAGAGCUUCAAAUAUAUGAAGCAAAACGCAUGGAACUGAAAGGAGAAACAGAUAAACCCAGUUAUAGUAGGAAACUAUAAUCACUCUCUUGAUAAUCCAUAAAACAAGUAGAGAGAAAAUGAUAAAGGAUUUAGAACACCUGAGGCACCAGCAACUUGCUUGCCCUAAUUUGCAGCUGUAAAACAUUCCAAGCAACACUAGCCAAAAUACUCAUUCUCUUCAACUGCACAUGGAUCACUCACCAAAACAGACCACAUGCUGGGCCACAAAACAAACCUUAAGAAGUGUAAAAACAAAAAUGAAAUCAUAGAAAGUAUAAUCUAUGUCCAUAACAGAAUUAAUUAGAAAUCCAUAACAGAAAGACAUCUGGAAAACCUCUAUUCGGAAACUAAGCAAGGCACUUCUAAACAAUCCAUAGAUCAAAGAUGAAACCAUAAAGGAAAUUAGAAAUAUUUUAAACUGAAUGAAGAUGAAAACCUAUCAAAAAAUUUGAGAUGCAUUUAAGCAAUGCUUAAAGGGAAACAGAAUAUUAAGUACUUAGAUUAAAAACAUCUCAAAUCAAUAAUGUAAGCUUCUACCUUAAAAAGCUAGAAAAAAAAGGAAGAGUAAAUUGGACCCAAAGUAGGCAGGAAAAAGGAACUAAUACAGAUAGAACAGAAAGAGAGAACAAUGAAACAGGGAACAAACUGUAGAGAAAAUUGGUGAAACCAAAAGCUAAUUCUUUGCAGAAAAAAAUAAAUAAAAUGGAUAAACCUUUAGCCAGACAGGCCAAGAAAAAAAAAAGAGAGAGAGAGAAGAUACAUAAAUUAUAAAUAAUAGAAAUGAGACGACAUUGCUAUAGACCCUAAAGACAUUAGAAGGAUAGCAAAGGAAUACUGCAAAUGUUAAAAAAAAAAAUCCAUAAAUACAACAAUUCAAAUGAAAUGAACAAAUUUCUUGAGGAACACAAACUAUCAAAGCUCACUCAAAAGAAAUAGAGACUCAAGAAUAAAAACAAAACAACCUGAUUCAAAAAUAAGCAAAGGACUUGAAAAGACAUUUUUCCAAAUGAGAUAUACAAAUGGCCAGUAAACACAUGAAAAGAUGCUCAACAUCACUAAUUGUUAGUGAAAUACAAAUCAAAACUACAGUGAGAUACCAUAUCACACUCAUGUGGAUGGCUACCAUAAAAAAAAAAAAAAAACUAGAAAAUGUAAGUGUUGGUAAGGAUGUGGAGAAAUUGGAACCCUUGCGUACUGUUGGUAGGAAUGUAAAAUGGUACUGACACUGUGGAAGAUAGUAUGGUGGUCCCUCCUAAUUAUAGCAAGUUCGCAGGUACAAUGUUAAUGUAUAAAGUCAACUGCUUUCCUGGGUGGGAAGGGAUAGACUGGGAUUUCAAAAUUAUAGAAUAGAUGAACAAGAUUAUACUGUAUAGCACAGGGAAUAUAUACAAGAUCUUACGGUAGCUCACAGAGAAAAAAAUGUGACAAUGAAUAUAUAUAUGUUCAUGUAUAACUGAAAAAUUGUGCUCUACACUGGAAUUUGACACAACAUUGUAAAAUGAUUAUAAAUCAAUAAAAAAUGUUUAAAAAUAAAUAAAUAAAAUAAAGUCAAUUGCUUUCCUAUAUACCAGCAAUAAAC